AUGUGCAGCGUGGCAGAAUUCAGCAAACACGAGACCGAUCUGUAUCCUAAUCCUGACAUCUAUGAGCACUUCAUCUUUCCCUUCCUGAUGCAUCACAACACCUCUGAUCCCCAGUGUGUCUCCUCGGCCAAUAGCAGUGCAGAAUGGCUGAUAAAGAACUUUGGUGUUUAUUCAACAUUCCCCUCCAUCACUGACUUCUACAAACUCAACCCGUACUUCUCCGGACUGGAGGUUCUUCCCCUCUUGUCUCCAAAACAAAUAGCGGGGAUGCUGCUGUCGCCUCUUCCUACUCCGCCUGAGAAAGACGUUGUUAUCGACCGAGUGUUUGACUUCCUGUUUGAGUCCCCCGAAGACGCGAGACUUCCUGAGGUCCUGCACGAACUGCUUUAUCUCAUUAACAAGGUCAAUCCACCCUGUGAUGUCUACAGACAAAUUUUUGAGAGAUUGUACGGAGCCAUACCAGAUCUGCCACGAGAUGUAGAACCAUUCAUCUGGUCUUACAUCGAUCAGCUGCUUAACGUGGCGCCAGAAGACUUCCUGCUGUGUCACGAUGGCAGCAUCAACAGCUCGUCGUCGUUGCUCAUGCUCGGUUCUCUCGUCGUGGGAAUUCCUUCGAAAACGUUCGGCAGCAUCAGCGGCUCCCAGCUGCUCACUGCGUCCAAAGAUCCCUCGUUCCUGGAACACAUCACCACCGCUUCAUCCAUCGUCCAGCAGACCUUUGUGACUCAGAUCAUCUCAGUGAACACCAACAGUGAAAUGAUCAUUCAGAAUGUUCCGGAUGAAUUGGCCUCAGAGAUCCCUCGAGCUCUGCUGCUCGGCCUCUCAGGCAACAGCAGCGUCCUCACCACGCUCAACAAGAAGAAGUGGAAACGGCAGCAGUGCAAACUGUAG